UCGAGGGGGAAAAUGGCGCCGGCGCCCCUAGGCGUCCGGGAGGAGCGGUUGCUGGGGUAUCGGUCUGAACCACUUUCCCGGCUCCUCUUCCUUGCCCAGGCAGCUCUCCUCCUGCUGCCCAUCACCCGAGCAGGUCUUUGCCCCGCACCCUGCUCCUGCCGCAUUCCUCUGCUGGAUUGCAGUCGCAGGAAACUGUCCGCGCCGAGCUGGAGGGCGCUGUCGGGCCCGUUGCCCCCAGACACCGCUAGUCUGGAUUUGAGUCAUAACCGGUUGUCUAACUGGAACAUCAGCUUGGAAUCACAAACAUUACAGGAAGUGAAAAUGAAUUACAAUGAACUAACAGAAAUCCCAUAUUUUGGAGAACCGACAUCUAAUAUUACUCUGCUUUCAUUAGUCCAUAAUAUAAUCCCAGAAAUAAAUGCAGAGGCAUUCCAGUUUUACCGUGCUCUUGAGAGUUUAGACCUUAGCUCAAAUAUGAUAUCAGAAAUCAAGACAUCUUCAUUUCCUCGAAUGCAGCUUAAAUACCUAGAACUGGAACACAAUAACCUUACACGAGUGAACAAGGGGUGGUUGUAUGGCUUGCGAAUGUUACAGCAGCUCUAUGUGAGCCAGAAUGCUAUUGAAAGAAUCAGUCCUGAUGCAUGGGAAUUUUGCCAAAGACUGUCUGAACUUGAUUUGUCUUAUAACCAGCUGACCCGCCUGGAUGAGUCUGCCUUUGUGGGUCUGAGCUUACUGGAGAGAUUGAAUUUAGGGGACAACAGAGUCACUCACAUUGCUGAUGGUGUGUUUAGGUUUCUUUCCAAUCUCCAGACACUAGACUUAAGAAACAAUGAAAUUUCAUGGGCCAUAGAAGAUGCUAGUGAAGCCUUUGCUGGACUCACAAGUCUCACUAAAUUAAUCUUACAAGGAAACCAGAUUAAGUCAAUUACAAAGAAAGCAUUCAUUGGUCUUGAAUCCCUUGAGCAUCUAGAUUUGAACAAUAAUGCUAUAAUUUCUGUCCAAGAAAAUGCUUUUUCUCAGACUCACUUGAAAGAACUGAUUCUGAACACAAGCAGUUUGCUCUGUGACUGCCAUUUGAAGUGGUUACUUCAGUGGCUGGUUGAUAAUAACUUUCAACAUUCUGUGAAUGUAAGCUGUGCACACCCUGAAUGGCUAGCAGGGCAAAGCAUCCUGAAUGUGGAUCUGAAAGAUUUUGUCUGUGAUGAUUUUCUGAAGCCACAGAUGAGGACACAUCCUGAAAACACAGUUGCUCUAAGAGGCAUGAAUGUGACUCUCGUGUGCACUGCAGUGAGCAGCGGUGAUUCACCCAUGUCCACUGUGUGGCGCAAAGACAGUGAAAUCCUCUAUGAUGUGGAUAUCGAGAAUUUUGUUCGUUAUCGGCAGCAAGCUGGAGAAGUUCUGGAAUAUACCAGUGUCUUACAUCUCUUCAAUGUGAAUUUCACAGAUGAAGGAAAGUAUCAGUGUAUUGUUACCAAUCACUUUGGCUCCAAUUAUUCUCAGAAAGCCAGACUGACUGUGAAUGAGACACCCUCAUUUAUUAGACCUCUGGAGGAUAAGACAGUAACUCGAGGUGAGACUGCAGUAUUACAGUGCAUAGCUGGAGGGAGUCCUGCCCCUCGCCUCAAUUGGACUAAAGAUGAUGGACCACUGCUGGUGACAGAACGACACUUCUUUGCUGCAGCCAACCAGCUUCUCAUCAUUGUAGAUGCUGGGCUAGAAGAUGCUGGGAAAUAUACCUGCAUUAUGUCUAACACCCUUGGGACAGAACGUGGCCACAUUUACUUAAAUGUCAUUUCAUCCCCCAAUUGUGACUCUUCCCAGGGUAGCAUUGGACAUGAAGAUGAUGGCUGGACCACCGUUGGCAUUGUCAUCAUUGUUGUGGUCUGCUGUGUUGUGGGCACAUCUUUGAUCUGGGUCAUUGUUAUAUACCACAUGAGAAGGAAAAAUGAAGACUAUAGUAUCACAAACACAGAGGAGCUCAAUCUGCCUGCAGACAUUCCCAGCUACUUGUCUUCCCAAGGAACACUGUCUGAGCCACAGGAAGGGUACAGCAACUCUGAGGCAGGCAGUCAUCAGCAACUUAUGCCUCCUGUCAAUGGAUAUAUACACAAAGGCACUGAUGGUGGAACUGGUACCCGGGUGAUCUGCUCAGAUUGUUAUGACAAUGCCAACAUCUACUCCAGGACCCGAGAAUACUGUCCAUAUACUUACAUUGCUGAGGAGGAUGUUUUAGAUCAGACACUGUCCAGCCUCAUGGUCCAGAUGCCCAAAGAGACAUAUUUAGCCCAUCCUUCCCACAGUGCUGCUGUCCUGGAGAGCUUGAUAUCAUCAGCAGACAGAGAGCUGUCUGCCUUUCCCACCAACCAUGAGAGGAUGAAGGAGAAGAAACUUUCCUCCACACAGAUGAGCAGUGAAACAUUGCAGCGGCCUCUGUGGAAUGUAAACAGAGAACUAGGCCCACCUCAUCCUCACUUUUCCCAGCAGCCAGUCCUUGAGUCACCACAACUUCAUCAAAAUGAGGGCCUGGCAGAGAGGGAUCCAGAUUGCUCCGCUUCCCCCAUGUCCUGCCACAGGUUACAGGACCACACUUUUGAUUUUAAUAGGACUCAGAACAUUCAAGAUGAUGGCGAGGGCACAUGA